UCCAGGCUGCACCAAAACGCGCCCUGUGCGCCAUAUCGCCAUGGAGUUGUUCACAGCCGCAGAGGUGGCACGGCACAACAAACCUGACGACCUUUGGGUGAUUUUGGACAGCAAGGUGUAUGACAUCACGAACUGGCACAUUUUGCAUCCUGGUGGGUCGUCCCUGUUGUUGAAAUAUGCUGGUCGAGAUGCCACCGCAGCAAGCCAUGAUGCCCAUGGUCUUCUGAAGAAACCGAUCAGCAUCAUGCCGAGAUAUUUCAUUGGCCUCGUUGGCAGUGAGGAAGAAGUUCGCGCCGCCGAAGAUCGAAAAGUGCGGAAACUCCUGGAAGAGGCGAAAGCUCGGAAGGUAUUGGAAGCUCAACAAGAGAUCUAUGCUGCCGAGCAUGCCCCGAAGCUCAAGAGCCCUGCGACCUCUGCAUCAGCCAGUCAGCUGAGUCUGGCAACGCCAGCGACACCAGCAACCCUCGGCGGUCGGAGUCCUCCAGCCACGCCCGUCACGCCGGCCAUCCAAACAGGGCGUACGCCAGCCACGCCUGUGCCGACGCCGGCCACACCGGGCACGCCGGCCAUGCUGGCCACGCCGGGCACGCCGUCCACGGCCGUGCCGACGCCGGCCAUGCCGCAGAUUGCUGAGACAGAAGAGCCGAAGGCGAAGCAGGACUCCAACUAUGCCAAGGCAACCUACACGUUGCUGCUGGAGCGGAUGGCGGCGGAUCGACAGCAUGUGGAGUCGAUGAUCUCCAGAGUCAAGGCCACAGCCAGCAAGGGCGUCGCCAAGAUCUCUGGACGUCAAGGUGCCUCCGCCAAGUCGCAGGCGAAGUCGCUGUGCACCACAGAAGCACAAGAUGAGUUCUCGGAUGGGGAGCGGCGCGAGGCUUUACAGGACUUGGAUCAGGAGGUGGAAAAAGUCGAGUCUCUCAAAGCUGAGAAAGCACAGAAGACUGACUCAGCGCCAGACCUUUCUGACACCGAGAGGAAAGCGGCCGAGAAAAAGGCUGCGGAGGCAAAGGUUGCAGCUGAAAAAACAGCAAAGGAGCAAGCUGCCGCAGAGAAAAAGGCCGCAGCUGAGAAGGCCGCUGCUGAAAAGCAGGCAGCUGCCCAAAAAGCUGCUGCAGAGAAAAAGGAGGCUGCCGAAAAGGCAGCGGCUGAAAAGAAAGCUGCGGCCGAAAAAGCUGCCGCAGACAAAGCUGCCGCAGAAGCCGAAAAAGCAGCUGCAGCAGAAAAGGCUGCGGCCGAGAAAGCCGCUGCAGCGGAAAAGGCGGCAGCCGAGAAAGCUGCUUCGGAAAAGGCAGCGACCGAGAAAGCGGAAAAGGCGGCGAGAGAGAAGGCAGCCAAAAAGGCCGCCGAAAAAGCUUUGGCAGAAAAGGAGGCUGCAGAAAAAGCCUUGGCAGAAAUGAAGGCAGCCAAGGAGGAAGCCGAACGAGAAGCAGCUGAAAUGAAGGCCAAGGCUGCACAGUGGCAGCGAGAGAAGGAAGCAGCUGAGAAAAAGGCUGAGAAAGAACGCAAGGCUGCCAAGAAGGCGGAACCCAAGAACAAGCUGCUGAUCGUUUUCCAAUCCCCCGAUGGAAAAGAGCGCAAGACUGUGACCUUCACAAGAAGGCCCUUGGGCGUGUCCUGCAACAUGGACAGCAUGCCCAUCGUGGUGGGCGAGUUGCCGAGCGGUGAGGCCUAUGAGGCCGGCGUGCGCGAGAACUGGGUGCUGUGCCAAGUGGGCAACGACCCCUCCAACAUGCGGAACUUUCCUCGCUCGGCUGCGGAACCCUACUCUUCGGUCCAGGAGACCUUUAAAUUCCUGGGCCAGCUGACCAAGGAGCUUCCUCAGGUGUCAUCCUAGAUGCACUACAAGUUCGCUGCAGCCAGCGAAAAACAACGAGGGACUGGUGUGGCUCUCCACAUGAGAGCAGUUCAGUUGACAUUGUAUAUACA